UCACAAUUCUAUCGAACUGUUUAAGUUACACAAAUUUUUACGGAGAAUGGAGUUCAUGCAGAAAUUGUGUAAAGUGUUCGAAUUCACGCGAAUGCUGCUAGGCUUAUUCGUUCAUUUUGUCAUAUACAAAUUGGGAAAAAGCAAAAUGCAACGUAACGAAAACGAUAUCAGUGGCAAAUGUGUUGUGGUUACGGGUGGAAGCGGAGGAAUAGGAAAAUGGUGUGUGAAAGAAUUUGCUCAGAGAGGAGCAACGGUUGUGAUUGGUGUUAGAAAUAUGGAAACUGGAAGGAACGUAGUGGAUGAAAUUCAAAAAGAAACAGGAAAUAUGAAUGUGACGAUUCUAAAUUUAGAUCUAUCUGACAUGGAUUCUGUGGAAGAGUUUGCUAGAAAAGUGUCGACGGAUUAUCCAAAAAUAAAAAUUCUUUUAAACAAUGCUGGAAUUGGUGCCUCGAAAAGCGAGAAUGUGAAAACAAAGGAUGGAUUUAACAUUCAUGUUGCCGUUAAUUACCUAAGUCACUUUCUUCUAACAAAUUUGCUGAUGGAUAAUCUGAAAGCUGAAACAAACUCAAGGAUUGUCUCAAUGACGUCCACGUUUGCACUCAUGUCUCAGUUACAGAUCGAUGACUUGAAUAUGGAUAAAUCGAGGUUUGGUCUUCAGAAUUUCAUUCCGUACAGCAAUACAAAAUGUAUGCUUGCCCUUUUCACAAAAGAACUGGGAAAACGAAUCGGCGUCAAUGUCUAUGCCGUUUGUCCAGGUAUCGUAGAUACAGCGAUUUUUGAUGAUGUUCCGUUGCUUGCUAAACUGGUUUUUCGAAUGUCGAGACUAUUUACAACAUCGCCUAAGGAGGCUGCUUCCAACUUCGUUAUGCGAUGUGCCCUCGAAAAAUCUCUAGAAAACGAGAGUGGUGAAACUUAUCGCUUCAGAGGACAUUUUCAUGCAGUGAAAAAGAAACUGGAAACCUACUCCGAAAGCCAUUUGUACGAGACUAGCGCUAGACUUGUAAAUUUGAAGGAAAGAAUGGAAAGAAUACAUUCGCCUUUAGAAACUCAAACGUUGACCUUGUGAGCUAUGAAAUGGAACGUUCCAAGAAAAUGCUGUAGAUUUCAUGUAUGUGGCUACGUUAUCUGUUAUCGAAAGUGACGGCGAAAGUAAAUGAUGAACACUGGCUAUGGAUAAUUAUCUGAUAUUAUAAUAGCAAAAUGUAUGUUAAAAUUAGUGAAGUAAUAGAUUUGGAUUAAAUCUGUUGAAAAUAUAGUAAACAUCAGUGACAUUUAGACAUGAAUUUACUUCAGCGGUUUUUCAGCUGGUCCAAUAACACCAACAAAACUAUUCAUACGUCGUUAUACGGUUUUAUCACCACCACCACGUGCGGGCGUGUAACUAUUUCACUCGAAAAAAGACGUAUAACCUUUGUUUGCAUAGAAGACCAGCUGAAAGAUACUGGAAGCAAAUGCAUGUGUAAAUUUCAUUGACGUCGACUGUCGACUGUAAUGGAUCAAAUGAAGUAACAGAUUCCAAAAUCUUAAUGGUGAUGUACAUGCCAUCCUAACAGAUGUGUGCUAACAACAAUAUCCAAAUAUAUUUUAUUAAAAUUUUGUAGAGCAAAAAUAAAAACGAAAAGUGAAGAGGAAUGAGUGAAAAUUACAGGAGAUGACUAUUAAAAGAGAAUAUCCCACGAUAGUAUCCUGCAGAGAGGUCU